AGGAAUCUGCAUUAUGGCGCACGCCGUUCAUUUUCGCAGAAAGGAAACGAAGACGAGGAACAUCAAGGAAGUGUGGUAGGAAGAGUCAACGCCGCCUUCAUAUUUCGCACGUCUCCAGUUGACUAGCGAAGCAGGCCAAACGAAAACGAUUUUCGAUCCGGCCUUGUCUUUCCCCUUUUGGAUGACGAAUUUUACAAUUUACAGACAGCUCAGCUCAGCUCAGCUCGGCCAUUGAAUGGAGGAAUUGAUUUGAGGGGAUCGUGUGAUUCGUGAUCGAAAACAAAGAAAAAACAGAAAAGAAGAAGGAAAGAAAAGUGAGGGAGGGAAGGAAGGAACGCGGCUUUGAGGCCGAGGCACGACAGGCAAAAGCCAAGUGGGGGCCAACGUCCCUGACUCCAGUCAGCCCCUUCCUUCUCCUCCAUUUCUCCUCCUUCAGCUCUUUGGCGAAAAGGCAAAGAGCUUGGCGAUCGAUUCAUCUGCCUCCCGCAUCUGCUCCCUGUUUGUUUGUUUGUUUGUUUGUUUGAUACCCUUUUCUCUCUCUGGGGUGGCGGCGGCUUCGUUGGUGGUGCUUCUCUCUUUGAAGUGAAGGAGGAGAGGAGACACUGUUACUCAGUCUGCCGCGUUCUGAGAGGGGAUGGGGAAUUGCUGCUCCGACGACCGCGGCGGCAGGGCGGCCAUCGGCGGCACUCCGGCUGUUAUUGGCCUCGGCAACGGCAACGACGCCCCCAACGACGCCGUUAACCUCUUCCUCCGUUCUCGCGGCUACCACGGCCUCUUCUCUCAGAUCCAGCUGUCUUUCUCUGCCUCGGGCCUGCGAGAUAGGGACGUCCUCUCUAAGAGUGAUCCUAUGUUGGUUGUCUACACAAGAGGAAGAGAUGGAGCACUUAAGGAGGUGGGACGGACAGAGGUCGUGCUCAAUUCAUUGAAUCCCAAGUGGAUCAAUACCCUUAAUGUCACUUACCAGUUUGAAAUUGUGCAGACAAUGUCGUUUCAUCUGUAUGAUGUGGACACUCAGUUUCACCAGAUGGAAGUAAAGAUGCUUAAGCUUGAGGAGCAGCAGUUUCUUGGUGAGGCCUCCUGUGCUCUUUCUGAGAUCAUUACCAAAUCAAACAGGUCAUUGACCUUAGAUCUGACAUAUGGAGAAGAAUAUACAGGAUUAAGUCGUGCUCAAAAUUGUGGAAGGCUUGCUGUGCUUGCUGAAGAAUGCAUUAGCUCUAAGACUACAACUGAGAUGACUUUGAGGUGUUCAGAGUUAGAGCACAAGAAUCUCUUCACAAGGACUGAUCCAUUUCUGGUCAUUUCAAAAAUUGUGGAGAGUGGAAUUUCAAUUCCAGUCUGCAAGACGGAGGUCAUCAGGAAUGAUCUCAAACCUACGUGGAAGCCAGUAUUUUUAAAUAUCCAACAAGUUGGAAGCAAGGACAGUCCCUUGGUAAUAGAAUGCUUCAACUUUAAUAGCAGUGGAAAACACGAUUUGAUUGGGAGACUGGAGAAGUCACUAUUGGACUUGGAAAAGCUUCAUUCUAGUGUGAAGGGAGAAAAUUUAGUUUUACCAACCGGAAAUAAGGUCCUGAAGAGCCAGCUAUUUGUGGAUACGUUUUCUGAGAGUACCCAACAUACUUUUCUAGAUUACUUGGCUGGGGGAUUUGAAAUUAAUUUCAUGUUGGCUGUUGAUUUCACAGCUUCAAAUGGAAAUCCUCGCCUCCCUGAUUCCCUGCAUUAUAUUGAUCCCUCAGGACGUCCAAAUGCAUAUCAGAGAGCAAUCUUAGAGGUUGGAGAAGUAUUGCAGUUUUACGAUUCAGACAAGCGAUUUCCUGCUUGGGGUUUUGGAGCCCGGCCAAUUGAUGGUCCAGUCUCUCAUUGUUUUAACUUGAACGGAAGCAGUACAUACUGCGAGGUUGAAGGAAUUCAAGGGAUCAUGAUGGCCUAUACAAGCGCACUCCUAAAUGUUUCUCUUGCAGGUCCAACUCUUUUUGGUCCUGUCAUCAGCAAUGCGGCACAAAUUGCUGGCCAAUCUCUUGCAAAUGGUCGGCAUAGAUACUUCGUGCUGUUAAUAAUCACGGAUGGUGUCGUGACGGAUCUUCAAGAAACCAAAGAUGCCUUGGUGAAAGCAUCUGACUUGCCAUUGUCAAUCCUCAUUGUUGGGGUUGGUGGAGCUGAUUUUAAGGAAAUGGAGGUUUUAGAUGCGGAUAAAGGAGAAAGGCUAGAGAGUUCCAAUGGACGUGUUGCUACCCGUGACAUCGUCCAAUUUGUUCCCUUUCGAGAUGUACAAAGUGGAGAGAUAUCUGUGGUUCAAGAACUCCUAGCAGAACUACCCACACAAUUUUUAACGUACAUGCGGAGUAGAGAAAUGAAACCGAGCUAUUAAGUUUUCGAGGAUUGUACAUAAAAAGAAGUUGGAUUUGAGUGAUUGGUUUUGGGCCAUGUGAGGUUUCCUUUUGGAAGAGUAAGGGGUAGUUGCUGCCACGACGUGACAUUCUCUAGAUUUCUGUUCGUGUUAUCAGGAGGCUCAUUCUUUUAUCUAGCGCAUCACAGUCGCAUUCUCAUCACUUGCUUCCUUCACCUGCUGUGGGAGCUGCACACCUAUGUUUAGCACAUGACAGGUCGGAACUUGUAUCUGUGCCCUCCUCUAUGAUCACUAAGUGUAUUUUGCUAAUUCAUGUGAAGGUGAAGAACUGACAGUGACACAAGGGACGAGAGAGAUGGAAGGUGAAGGGAAGGUCACUAUUAUGCUCAAGCAUUAUAGGUGAUCUUAUUUUGAUGGGUCUUUAUGUAAUGAACUUGUCUGAUUAAUUAUUUUCUGCGAAAUCUAAAAAAUCAAAA